AUGCCCAAGCAAGAUUCAGUCCGGAUGCUGUUGAACGAGCUCCAAUGGGAAGGGGCUGAUAACGGACUAUCGAUGACGCCGCCAUUUGAGGCAAUACUUGACCUGCUAGAGUAUUUGCCGUUAGCAAUCACCCAGGCUGCGAGUUUCAUGCGGGAAAAUAACGUCACACCUGGAGAUUACGUGGAGACCUUCAAGGAAGUGGAGUUCCAACAUGCGGCGUUCUUGAACGAGGAAUUUGUUGACUGGCGACGCGAUUCAGAUAUGCCCAAUGCCCUUCUCCUCACCUGGAAGCUAUCUUUCGAGCAAAUCAAAGAGAACUAUCCUCUUGCCGCACACCUACUUGCUAUCUUGAGCGUGUUGGACUGCCAUGGAGUAGCGCUCUGGAUGCUCGAUUAUGUCGAGGUUGGGAAGAAGUGGGAAGUUUGGAAGGCGCUGCAAGUGCUCCAAAGCUUCUCCUUCUAUAACGUCAAUAAUGGCAUGCAUCGACUAGUACAGUUAGCGACGCGUGCAUGGAUUGGCCCAGACAGCUGGAACUCCGCAGUCCAAGAUAUAUUGCGGUUCCUCUGCAACGUCUUCGGUGGCUUGAAUGCGCUUGAGUGGGGAAGCUGGGGGACUUUGUCGGAUGCCACUAUUCUAAGAAUCAUGGACUAUUACCCCCACACAAAAAGCGUUCUAAUUGCGCUCUCAGACACGCAGAACGAUGAUCGGACGCUCGCAACUCUUCAUGACUUCUUCGCGGAAUGGGGCACUGACGGCCUUGUUUCGGGUACGUUCACUGAGGAGGCAACUGGUGUAUAUCAGACGAUUGUUCGCGGCGACUACGGGUCAUUGGUGGAGAUGCAUUAUGCUGACGCUACGCCUGCUAUGUGA